AUGGAUAAAAUCAAGAAUUUUAAUUUUAUUACUAAAAGAGAGUUAGCUAAAGUAUUGAUUGAAACUGUUCAUUAUAUGCAUACCAAAGUAUUCGAUAUCCAAAAUUAGGGAAUUAUGCAUCGAGAUUUAAAACCAUUUAAUAUACUUUAUAAAAAUAAUGAUCCAUAAGAUUGGCAAUUUGGAAUUGGAGAUUUUGGAUUCUCAACUACAAUUAAAUAAUAAUAACAUAUUCUUUAUAAAUGUGGUACUCUUGGUUAUGUAGCACCUGAAAUUAUAGAAUAUAGAGAAUUCUAAAAUGUAUGGAUUAUCUUGUGA